AUGGGAGGGCCUUCAAACCCUGUUUCAGAGGUGGACUCUGCGCCAGUCGCACCACCACCACUACAGAUGGGUUUUGAUAACCCAAUACCUUCUUACGCCGGUACAGUGGCGUAUAAGCCUUUUGAGCAACCAGGCCAUUCUGGCUACAACUACUACAAUGCCCCUGAUGUUCACCCAUAUCUUGUAGCGGCAAACUACAAUGCUCUUCAUCUUGAGGGGCCCUACGGAGCCCCUUAUCAGACUGGAUACCCAGCUUAUGGGUAUCAAUACCCGCCACCUCCUCAACCUCUGCAGCAGCAGCAGCCGCAGCCACCACAGAUCCAGCCGCCACAACAGCAGGAGAUUCUUCAGAGGUUGAGCCAGGUGGAGCGAGAAGUUCAGGAGGAGCGUAGAAGCCACCGGGGAUUCCUUAAGGGUUUGGCAAAUAUAAUCAAGGGGAAGAACAAAAGGGAUCAUUGA